AUGAACCGGGACAGAGCGGUAACGGAGCCCGGAGCGGACACGGUCCAGCCCGUGAUGAGUCGGGACAGAGCGCUACCGGCACCCGGCGGUGACGGGGUCCAAACCGUGGUGAGCCCGGACAACGGAGACAUGCUGAACAGAGGUGCUGCCGGAGAGAAGCGGCUCUUUUCCAACACUGUAGCGGGAAGCAGAGAUGCUCAGGCCGUGGAGAACCACUUGGAAACUCCACCGACUAACCCGGUGUUAGCCCCAGCACAGCAGGGCCCUACCGGGCACCGGACCACCUCUUUCUCCGUACUGGACAUUCUGGACCCCAACAAGUUCACGAGCAGCCGACGACAGCAGCAGCACGCGAGCCACGGAGGUGAGCGGGAGCUGAACGCGUACGGAGCGGAGAACCGGAGAGGGGGAACUGGGGAGUGCGAGGCCAGCCUGGAACCCAGCAAAGGCUGCUACGGUGCGGAGGAAUACCAGAGCAAGGAAGGCUUUGUAUACAGAAGCCACGAUGAGGAUGACUAUCACAGAUCUGGGACCCCAGAUUCAGAGGCUCCAGACGGGCCCUACAGCAGUGAGGAGAGCAGCUCAGCACUGCCCAGUAGCGGAGACAGAGAUCUGGGCCAGCACAGCAUCCAGGACCAUGGCAGAGAAACCAAGAGCCCUGGUGGAGGCCCCACAGGCCAGCUCGCCGAUGUCCAGGCCAACGGGGGACAGGAAACGCAGGGCAAACCAAAGAGGAAGCGCUCUGGCUCGGACUCCAAGUCGGGGAAGCCCCGUCGAGCCCGGACUGCCUUCACGUAUGAGCAGCUGGUGGCGCUGGAGAACAAGUUCAAGUCAACGCGCUACCUGUCAGUUUGCGAGCGGCUCAACCUGGCCCUGUCACUCUCCCUCACCGAGACCCAGGUAAAGAUAUGGUUCCAGAACCGUCGUACCAAGUGGAAGAAACAGAACCCCGGAGCAGACACCUCCGCCCCCACCGGCACAGGAGGAGGAGGAGGUUUGGGAGGAGGCCUGGGAGGCCUUAGCCCUCUCAGCACGUCCCCUCCAAUCAGUGGGCACCUGGCCAUGCACGCUGGCUACGCCGGGCACCAUCACCCCCCCACCGGCAGCCUUGUUCAGCUGCCUUUCCUCACUGCCAGCCACGUCCUGUCCCCUUUCAUGCUGGGGACACAGAGCUACGCUGCACCUGCCUUCUACAGCACACACCUGUAG